AUGGACAUUGAUUCAAACCAUCCUACAUUGAGUGGGGGUGAGGAAGUUGAGGAAGCAGAGAACAAUCCUUCAUUAAAUGAGAGUGACGAAAUUGAAGAACCUAAGAAGGGGAUGUGGUUUACCUCAAAGCAAAAAGUUCACGAGUUUUAUGCAAAAUAUGCUAAAAACCUUGGAUUUGCUAUAGCUUACAGAAUACAGAAUGUUAGAUCGGAUGGAAAGGAUAAGAGCGACCAUACGCAUGAUUUAAUUCCUAGCGACUCACGCCAUUUUCCAAUGAAUAAGAGGAUUCGUACUCCUGUGAAGAGAAGAUUAGAAAUAAAUGAUGAAGCAGGAAUAGGGGUAUCUAGGAAUUUUCAUUCUAUAAUUGUUGAAGCGGGGGGAUAUGAGGCAUUAACAUUUGAUGAACGAGAUGUAAGGAACCACAUUGAAAAUGCUAGAAGAUUGAGGCUUAGGGUAGGAGACGCUGAAUCAGUUGCAUUUUAUUUUCAUAGGAUGCAACAAGAAAAUUCAAACUUCUACUCUGCAAUUGACUUUGAUGUAGAUGGUCGCAUUCAAAACUUGUUUUGGGCGGAUGCAAGGAGUAGGGCGGCUUAUAAAGCAUUUGGGGAUGUUAAAAUUCCCGAGAAAUUGAGAGGAUAUUCCCAAUAUGAAGCCAUCAAAUUCGCUUUACAAAAUGCAGUAUAUGAUUCUUUCAGAAAAGAUGAAUUUGAUGAGGAAUGGCAAACGAUGAUUGAAAAGUUUAGCCUCCAUGACAACGAGUGGUUGGGAGUAUUAUAUGCUGAGCGACAUAGGUGGAUUCCUGCCUAUGUGAAAGAUAUAUUUUGGGCUGGCAUGUCAACUACACAGCGAAGUGAGAGCAUGAAUGCGGUUUUUGAUGGCUAUGUCAACUCAAAGACUACUUUAAAGCAAUUUGUUGAACAGUACGACAAUGCAUUGAGAAGUAAGGUGGAGAAGGAGACCAAAGCAGACUUCAAAUCUCGAGAUAGAUUGUAUGAUUGUUUAACGGUGUAUGAGUUUGAGAAGCAAUUUCGUGUAGCCAGUACACAAAUGGAAAUUUAA